UUGUUCAAAAAUAUUUUGUAAAUUAAUUAGUCAAACACAAAUUAUUUUUCACCAAAAUAAUUUUAAAAAUUUUGCCAAAGAGGCGAGAUAAAAAUGAAGGGAACACCACGUGCCGUUGAUAUGAUUCGUCCAAAACGAAGAACACCAAUAAGGGAACAAUACUUUCUCCAAAUCGAUCACCAGCCCUAAUAGUUGGCAAAUCAGUGAACAACGCAUUUCGGAAAAGAAUUGGGAGCUUCUUGCAUUGGGUUCGUCGGACCUAAGUGAACGUUGCAUUUAGGAAUCGCUAUACCCAGGUGUGAAGUUUCACUUACUUUCCAUCUACUUACCAGAGAGAAUUAUGAGUGUAUAUACCUGCAUGUGUUUAUACAGAAACUCAAGUUGAACUUUAAUCAAGCUAUUCACCCCCUUUAAUCAAUUCAGAAUUUUGUUUGUGCCUAAACUGGGUUCUGGGGUUUUUUGCUAUAGAUCCAAAUCAAGCUUUCAUUUUUAUUUUUUUGGAAUGAGGGGUUUCUGCUGAUUGUUAUGGUUUGUGUUUACUCCGAAAUUACGAGUAACAAUUAAAUUUGAUUUGUGGUUUUAAAGAUAUGUGAUCUAGUUCAAUACCAAUUAAUAAUCAAGCAAUAUGAAGUAUAGAGGAAGAAAAUAAGUAAGAUCAAACCAGUAGAUAGGUCAGUCUCGACCUCGAGCCUAGUGACCUCGAGAUGGUCUAGAACAAGAAAGCAAGAAUGAUACAGUUAAAGUACAACUCUGAUGAACAAUGAGCGAGAAAGUAAGAUAAUAUAUUAUUUGCCGAUGAUUAGAUUAUUCUUACAAAUGAUUGGGGUCCCUUUUAUAUAGGAGGGGAGCCCUAAAUAAGGUACAUUUCCAUUUACAGUAAAAAAAUCUUAUUGGGACAGCUGUAUAACCGCCUAAUACGGAUUUGUACUAAUUCGUACAAAUUAAUUCCGAAAUUUACGCCAUGAUCUUGGGGACGUGGCGAGAAUCUUGUCCUUAUGUAACAAACUCAUAACGGCACUAUUUCAGAGUUGGUUAUACUUGGCUCCGAUAUUUCUCGAACACUUCGAUCCUCUGGCACAGCAUUCUGUCUUCGAGUUCGAGUUUGGUCCAUCGAGCUCGAACUCGAUCUUACCUGAACUUGGGCUUGAAGCGACUUCUCGAGCCCGGAAAAUCAGGCAUACCUGAUUUUGACCGUAUACAGUUUGCUUUUGGAAAAAGUCGAUCUGGGUUUUUUUCAUAAAUUUACUAUAGGUGAUGGAUUGGUAAGUGGCUUUUCUUUGUUUAUUUUGAAAUCGUUAGUACUUUUCUGGAUCAAAUUAUUGGACAUCGACCUUUGAAUUUUUCACUCGUUUAUUGCCCUAGUGAUGAUUCUGCUUUUCAAGAUUGGUACUAAACAAGUUCAUGUAAGAUACGUAUUAAACGCGUGAACCUGGUUGAUUAUGUAGUUAGCUAACUUGUUAGAAAGUAUAAUAAUCUAUGCUAUAAUAUUAAUAGCUUCCAGAAGGUGGAGAAUACAUGGGGCAAAAUACAUUGUAACACAACACAGUUGUGAACACAAAAAGUCCAUUUCUGAGUGCUUAAAUACCAACAAUCUUUCCUAAACAAUAAAGUUACCAGCAACAACCAUAUUGGAACAGAUAGCAGCUAUAUCAUAUUACCAAUUACACUAUAUGUCACUACCUUUUAGUACCAUUAACAACUACUAAACCAUGAGACAUUAAAAUAAUGAAAACGGACAAUUAGUGGAACAUUAAAAUAAGGGCAUGGUGUUACACUUUGAGGCAAUACACUGUUCUACUUUCUUAAUAAUAUAUCAGAAGUGGCUUAAAGCAGGCAUCUCUUGGUUGACAUCUCUGCUAUUGGAUCCGUUUUAGAUGUUUUGGUUGAUGUUUUCGUUUGCCUUUGUUUAGUUCAUUAUUUUCUUACUAGCCAUCGUACAUUUUGGAAAAUUAAGGAAAAAAUUUAGGCGCUUUUAAAUAACUGUCGAACUCCUUUUCGAAAGUCAUGGUGAUUGAUGGUGGUUUCUGUGCUUGAAUGGCUAGUCCAUAGGCAUUUCAAGAGUUACAAUACAUUGUUUAGACAGAAAAUUUGCCUAAAUUGGACAGUUUUGAAGAUAUUUUUCAUGUAAAAAUCUUGAUAUGUUGUUUCUUCCACUGUUUGUCUUUGCCAUCUUAAUUUUUCUUUAUAUAUAGUUAUAUACUUGUUGUCCACAUAAGUUAUAAUAUAACUGUUUUAUGUUUUAGUUUGCUUUGCUCUAUUGAUUCCAGUAGAUCAAAAGAAAUUCUGACUGGAUACUCCACAGCAACAAUUUCUACAAAUAUACUUGCACUAUAUCAAUAUUAAAUAUCUAGUUUCUUUUUCACUCUUAAUCAAUACUUUAGUACUUUUUAUCAAAAAAGAUGUUUGUUUUGGGAAGAAAGACUACCAACAUAUAUACCAUUAUCUUAUCAAAAAAAAAAAACAUAUAUAUUUUUCCCAUGGAAAUGCUUUUGCUUUUCUUUUGAGGCGUCCCUUUUUUACUUGAUCACUAUCAUUGUUUCCUCUUCUCUAUCUUAACCUUUUCUCUCUUUGUUUUUGUCAUCAAGUUAGAGGCCAAUACAUUAUUUUUUGAGAAGGAGUCAAUACAUUAUCUAUAACGACUAACUUUUCAGAAAAAAAUCAGAAAUGAAGAAUCAAAAGGUGAAAAGAAUUAUUUAUAGUCUGAAGGAUCUUUUGACUUGUAAAAAAACUAAGUCUUAUCUUGUAAGAAGAAGUCUGAAACUAGAAAAAGAAAUAUUACCAAAGCUGAGUUUAUUUUCUUAUAAAUACAGUAAUUACUCAUGUGAUCCAGCAAACUGCUAUACUGAAAAGCUUGUACUGGUUGAAUACAUUUUCUUGUUUAAUACAAAUGAGCGUCCCAGUAGAUAAGCCAAUAUGGAAUCCUAUUCCUUCCCUAUAUAUGCUAGUUAUCUUGAUCAUCACUGCGUUUCCAUUUGUUUCUGCCAAAUACAUUUUUAAUACUUCUGAAACCUCUUCCACUGCAAAUGUACUUGCCCUCUUAACAUGGAAGGCCAGCCUUGAAAGUGAAAGCCAAUUACUUCUUUCUUCUUGGAUGAAUACAAGCACAAGUCCUUGCCAUUGGGACUGCAUUCGUUGCGACAACCUUGGAAGAGUUACUGAGAUGAAUAUGUCAAAUUAUAGCAUAAAGGGUACCCUUCACUCUCUUGAUUUUUCAUCCUUCUCCUAUCUCAUCAGAUCAAGCCUACCCAAUAACUCACUCUAUGGUACUCUUUCCACCAACAUAUUCAAUCUUUCAAGGUUGAGUUACCUUGACUUAGGCUACAAUGAUUUUUCAGGAAUGGUUCCACCUGAAAUAAGGUUGUUGAGAAGUUUGAGUUUUUUAUACCUUGAUUACAACAAAUUCUCUGGGCAUAUUCCACGAGAAAUAGGGAUGUUGAAUUCCUUAAAAGAUCUCUUUCUGUCAAAAAACAUAUUUGCUGGCUCUAUUCCCACUUCUUUUGGUAACUUGACCAACUUGAAGUCCUUGUAUCUUCAUAGCAACACACUUUCAGGACCCGUCCCUCAGGAGAUUUGGUCUUUGACACAUUUGAUGGAUGUUGAUUUGGGAUGGAACAAUCUUACGGGUCAAAUAUCAAGUUCUAUUGGAAAUUUGAGUAAGUUGUACUCUUUGACUUUGUCCAAAAACAGUCUCACAGGUGAAAGACCAACAUCAAUUGGAGACUUAGGCAACCUGCUCUUUUUAUCCUUUUGUGAAAACAGGCUUUCAGGGCCGAUUCCUUCAUCCAUUGGAAACUUGACUAAGCUAAAGACAUUGUAUUUAUGUCAAAAUGGAUUGUAUGGUCCCAUUCCUCCAAGCUUUGGGAACUUAAAAUCUCUUGUUGAUAUGAGAUUGUUCAGUAAUAAACUCAAUGGACCCCUUCCACUAGAGUUGGAAAACAUUACCAACUGGGAGAUGUUUCACAUAGCCGAUAACUAUCUCUCUGGUCAUUUGCCUCAUAAUGUUUGUCUUGGUGGAUUCCUGACAGAAAUAUCAGUGCAAAAUAAUCGUUUAAUCGGUAGCAUCCCAAGAAGCUUGAGAAAUUGUUCCAAGUUAUCCAGGGACAGACUCGAAAACAAUAAACUAUCAGGAAAAAUAUCAGAAGCUUUCGGUGUAUAUCCGAAUCUAGACUACAUUGAUUUAAGUCACAAUGAGUUGCAUGGAGAGCUAUCAUCACAAUGGGGACUUUGUGGUAAAGUAACCUGUUUGAAGAUGUCAAACAACAAUUUAUCUGGAUCUAUUCCAUUUGAGAUUGGAAAUGCAUCUUAUUUACAGGUGCUUGAUCUCUCCUCUAACAAUUUCACUGGCAAGGUCCCUAGAAGCUUGGAUAGCCUAAAGCUACUUUUUGAGCUUGAUUUGUCUGGUAACGAACUUUCUGAUGGUAUUCCAUCAGAACUUGGGAAGCUUUCUUUGCUUGCAAAACUUAGCUUGGCGGCAAAUCAUCUCAGUGGCAUAAUUCCACAAGAAAUUGGAAACAAUGUGCAGCUAUUGAGCUUGAAUUUAAGCAAAAACAUGUUGGAAGCAAGUAUUCCUUCACACUUGGGGAACUUGCGCUUCUUACAAAAUAUGGAUCUUAGUCAUAACAUGCUUAAUGGUGAGAUGCCAUGGCAACUGGAACGAUUACAAAGCUUGGAGCUAAUGAAUCUUUCGCAUAAUAAGUUGUUUGGUUCGAUCCCAUCAAGUUUGGAUCAGUGUCUUAGUUUGAGGUUUGUUGAUAUAUCUAAUAAUCAAUUGGUCGGCCCUGUUCCUAAUAUCUUAGCUUUUCAGAAUGCGUCGCUUGAAGAACUAAGAGACAACAAAGGCUUGUGUGGCCACCUCAUUGGAUUGAAACCUUGCUCUUCAUCUGUAAUCACCAACAAAAGAAUAAAAAUCUCGACGAUGCUUUUUAGUUUGGGUGGUGUUCUUCUUUUGAUGGUGAUCAUUUAUCUUCUUUUUACCACAUCCUGGAAAAGGAAAAAUCAAGUUGAGCAAAGAGAACAAACAAAGGAUCUCUUUUCCAUUUGGAGCUUCGAUGGGAAGAUGACAUAUGAGAACAUCAUUGCAGCAACAGAGGGCUUUAACAGCAAAUAUUGCAUAGGAAAAGGAGGACAUGGAAGUGUCUUCAGGGUCGAGUUACCAAGCGAGCAAGUGGUCGCGGUGAAAAAAUUUCAUCCUUUAGAUGAUGGUGAAUUGGACAGCUUGAAAGGCUUUAAAAAUGAAACAAAAACAUUGUUGUUAAUCCGCCAUCGUAAUAUUGUAAAGCUUUAUGGAUUUUGUUCACAUGCAAAACAUUCUUUCUUGGUUUACGAGUUCUUGGAAGGAGGAAGCUUGUCAGAGAGACUAAGAAAUGAUGUCAAAGCGACAGAGUUAGAUUGGAUUAAGAGGAUGGACAUUGUCAAAGGAAUAGCAAAUGCAUCAUGAGUGUUCACCUCCUAUUCUUCACAGGGAUAUAUCCAGUAAGAAUGUUUUGUUAGAUUGCGAAGACAGGCCCCAUCUUUCUGAUUUUGGUACAGCAAAACUCUUAAGGCCUAACUCCUCUAAUUGGACUUCAUUUGCUGGGACUUUUGGAUAUGUUGCUCCAGAGCUUGCUUACACUAUGGAGGUAGAUGAAAGCUGUGAUACCUACAGCUUUGGAGUGCUAUCAUUGGAAGUGAUUUUAGGUAGGCAUCCAGCCGAUAUUGCUCAGGCUAUAUCAUCAAAAACCGGCCUUGACAUAUUGUUAAAGGAUUUCAUUGAUCAACGGCCAUCACCUCCGUUUAGAGUGGUUGAAGAAUUGAUCAACAUCACAAAGAUAGCAUUGACAUGUCUUCAUCCCAGUCCACAACUUAGGCCAACCAUGCAACAAGUUUCUACAUCUUUAGCCAAAGAAAAGCCACUUAUGAAUAACUGUUUUCCUUUUAUUACUUUAGGCCAAGUGAUUGAUCUUGAAUUAGGAAGUACCUAAACUUUGUGUGUUUUCACCCUUUACAUUAGCUGUUGUGGCGUUUCUCCUCUUGUACUGCAAAUUACCAUAUUUAUGCAAUAGACUAAUAAUAGAGUACAUAUAUUGCAAAAAGAAAACGUUGAUCGUGAGCUAGAAGUUAAA